GACUGCGGACAGUACAGGGAUGACCAGAGACUGCAGACACAGUACAGGGAUGACCAGAGACUGCGGACACAGUACAGGGAUGACCAGAGACUGCGGACACAGUACAGGGAUGACCAGAGACUGCGGACACAGUACAGGAGAUGACCAGAGACUGCGGACAUGGUACAGGAGAUGACCAGAGACUGCGGACACGGUACAGGGAUGACCAGAGACUGCAGACACAGUACAGGGAUGACCAGAGACUGCAGACAUAGUACAGGGAUGACCAGAGACUGCAGACACAGUACAGGGAUGACCAGAGACUGCAGACACAGUACAGGGAUGACCAGAGACUGCAGACAGUACAGGGAUGACCAGAGACUGCGGACACAAUACAGGAGAUGACCAGAGACUGCGGACACAGUACAGGAGAUGACCAGAGACUGCAGACACAGUACAGG